AUGAUAUUUAUAACUUUAUACUUGUUUCAUUUUGGGAUUGCCUAUUUGUCAUCAGCACUGAAGUCAGUGGAUCUACAUGAAUCUGGAAACCUUCAACACCAACUUGCUGUGGACUUGGACGAGAAUAUCAACAUCCAGUGGCAAAAACAUGGUUACCCUUUGGUUGGCUCAUUGAGCUAUUCAGUGAAAGAAAUUGAGUACAUCUCACAAGUCAUUGACAGAACCGAAGGAGGAAGAAACAUUAUCGUUGUAAUUUCUCUGGGCCAGCAUUUCAGACCCUUCCCCAUUGAUGUUUUUAUCUGAAGGACCCUCAAUAUCCACAAAGCUGUUCAGAGUCUUCUUCUGAGAAGCCCAGACACUAUGGUUAUUAUCAAGGCAGAAAACAUCGGGGAGAUGCACGGUGAUGUGGAAAGAUUCAGUGACUUUCAUGGUUAUGUCCAGUAUCUUGCCAUUAAGGAUAUUUUUCAAGACCUCAAUGUGGGCAUCAUUGAUGCCUGGGAUAUAACAAUUGCAUAUGGCGCAAAUAAUGUCCACCCACCUCAAUCUGUAGUCAGAAAUCAAGUUAGUAUAUUGCUAAACUAUAUUUGCUAG